AUGCCGCGCGAUUCAUUCUCAAGUCCCCAGCCCAUCUUCAAGGGCAGGAUCAUAGCUGCCGCCGGUCCUCUGCCCGACAAGAACACGGUUGAAAACUUCAAGCACUGGGCCAAGCUACGCAAGGGCGAGUUCACGACCACGUUUGACGAAAGCGUCACCCACCUUCUCUGCUCUGACGAACAGUUCAAAGCCGAGAACCCAGUUGUCAAAAAAGCCCUAGGGCACAAGUGCCACAUUGUUCGCUACGAAUGGUUCCUCCUUUCCAUGGGCGGCGAAGAAGCCGCCCAGCCAGAAGAAGACCACGACCUCCGCGCCGGGCACAACAGGAGGAAACGAAAGGAGCAAAGGAUGAUGCGGCUCGAAAAGGGGAGACGACUGGCGAGGCGAUUCAUCGACCCUAGUCCGUAUUCCCGCCCGUUGCCUGGUCCUCAGUCGCAGGCGGUCGCUAAUGCCUUGCCAGAUCUUUACCAAAUCUUCGUCGACGACCUGCUCUUCUCGUACAAGGUCGAGCUCACCCGUCUCACUCGCCACGACCCGGACCCCCCCCACGAACGAGGCCUCUACGAGUCCAACGCCAAACCGCACCUAUACUGGUUCGCGGCGAAAUACUCCAAGUCCAAGGGCGACACCCAACCCCACUACUAUCGAGAGACGGAGUUCCCUACCUUGCGGCGUGCUCAGAUGGGCGCGUUCAAGGCCUUUUUCCAGCUCAAGACGGGGAUUCGUUGGUCGGAGCGAAUCAUCAGGGACGCCACCAUGCCCGCCGAGUAUUUCCAGUACACGCCCCCGACGGGGGGGAAAUCGACCGGAAGAGACAAGCUGUGGUCCCGCUACUUUUGUUUCGAGCUGAACAGGGCGUUGAGGGGGCUAAAUCCAGAGAAGACAGCCGCGGCGGAGGAUCAGGAGAGAGGCGUGAAAGACGGUCGCGGUGCUCAGAGUGGCGUCUGCGAAGUGCCACGCGGCUGCGAAACGGGCGUUGAUUCUGGCAACGAGCACCGAGAACCUCUCCGCGACUGA